UAUAUUAUUUUUUUAUUCACUUGAAUGCCACUUUCACCUCUCUCUCUCUUCUCUGUUUUCUCUUCCAUGAAUUUCCUCUUCUGCUCACUCUCUCUCAUCUAUUCUCCCCUCUCUAUCGUCUCAUUCUCUUCUAAUUCUUAGAGCCUCCUCUUAUAUUUUUGGGAUUAUUAUGAGAAAACCGGAGGCAAAGUUUUCAGGCAUGGAGUCAGCGUUUUCAGGUUUUGUACUUGACCCUGAAAAAUGUAGUCGUCUAAGCUUGGGAGAGAAAAGAGAACUAGUUCAUGAAAUUGCUCAGUGGUCGAAAGAUGCCCCGGAGAUUCUUCGUUCAUUUACUCGCAGAGAGCUUCUUGAAAUCAUCUGUGCUGAAAUGGGUAAAGAGAGAAAGUACACUGGAUUCACAAAGUUUAGAAUGAUAGAGCACCUGCUAAAGUUAAUUUCUAAGAAGUCCAAGAACAGAACUGAUAACUCUAUUGCUUCUUCCCCAGCCAAAACUCAAAUUGGAUCCAAACGACAGAGAAAGAAAGAAAACCCACUUCAACCACUUACUGACCUGGAUCAUUUUUCCCCAGAGAAAUGCAAAGAAGUUAAAACCCUGCUCUGUCAGAACCUUGCAUGCAGAGCUAGUUUGAGUCCAGAGGAUGCUUUUUGCAAGAGAUGUUCUUGCUGUAUCUGUCAUCAGUAUGAUGAUAACAAGGAUCCUAGUCUAUGGUUGACCUGCAGUUCAGGUUCUCCUAACAAGGAUGACUCUUGUGGCAUGUCAUGCCAUCUGACAUGUGCUCUCAAGCAUGAAAGAACUGGCAUUACGAAGAAUGGCUGUCGUCCAAAGUUGGAUGGGGAAUUCUAUUGUGCUUCUUGUGGGAAAAUUAAUGGACUAUUGAGAACCUGGAGAAAACAGUUAAUGGUUGCCAAGGAGGCUAGAAGAGUAGAUGUACUAUGUCUGCGUGUCUUCCUGAGCCACAAGAUUCUCAAAGGAACUGAGCAAUACAAGGACCUGCAAAAGACUAUGGAAACUGCCGUGAAAAGGCUGAAGAAUGAAGUGGGGCCUCUUGAUCGAGUGUGCACAAAGAUGGCACGUGGGAUUGUCAACAGGCUCUCCUGUGGUGCAGAGGUUCAGAAAUUGUGCACUUCUGCAGUUGAAGCUUUUGAUUCCAUGUUUCCUGACCCUUACCCUGCUGAUACAGAUCAGAAAGAACAAGCAGGGAUGCAGAUACGAUUUGAAGAAUGUUCCCCAACUUCAGUGGUCAUUGUACUAGGAUAUGAAGACCAUUUGUUGGAGGAAUUCUUAGGCUGCAGGCUGUGGCAUCGGAAGUCUACUAUGAAGGAUUAUCCAGAAAAACCCACUUACAUUGUACUGAGGCCAGAAAAACGAUUCCAGGUGACUGAUCUCAAUCCUUCAACUGAGUACUUGUGUAAGGUUUCCCUGUUCAGCAGCACAAGGGUUUUGGGUGUUUGGGAAGCCAAAUGGGUCACACCCUCAUUAAGCAGAAGCUCUGUCUCAGCUUUAGAUGAUGAACAUAGAAGGGGAGAGAAUACCUUAAUGCUUCAAGAAUAUUCUCAGAUGGAUUCAACGAAUUCUAGUGAUACUAAAUUGGUCUCCUGUGACCACUCUGAGAAGCUUAGAUCACUGGAUGACAUCAACAAGAACAAGAAUUCUGGAUUCCACAUACUGCCUCCUCCCAUGGAGGCUGUUCCUUUACUGAUCCCCUCAUCAGUUCCUCCUUCCACACCAUCUAAAACUGAUAAAAUGCAUGAAGUUCCGGGCUUGGGUAGCAAGAAGCAGAUCAGAGAGAGUGACUAUGAAUACUCUGUCAGAGUUAUCAAAUGGUUAGAAUGCCAAGGGCACAUAGCUGAAGAUUUUAGAGUGAAAUUUCUCACUUGGUUCAGCUUGAAAGCAACAAUGCAAGAAAGAAGGGUGGUUAGUGUUUUUGUGGAUACUCUGAUUGAUGACCCGCCAAGUUUGGCUGAGCAGCUCAUCCAUUCCUUCAUGGACGAGAUUUGUUAUGACCAGAAAUCGGUUUCUAAGCAAGGGUUCUGCGCUAGCCUUUGGCACUGAACAAUGAACAGUGAAAUUUAUCUUAUGUGAAAAUUAUAUGGACUAGUUAAUCCAUCUAGUAGUGUUUUUUUUCUCUUCCUUUAGGUGGGAAAGGAGAUUCUGAAUUAGUUGAUCCAUCUAGGCUUGUUCAGGGAAGAGAUUCAUGAGGUUGAUGACCCAAGUAUUUUGGGGGUGGGGGGGGGGGCAGGAAGGCAGAGUUAUCAAGCCCUUGAUAAUUUCUUCAAGCAAGAAAAUGUGAAGUUCUUUGACCA